AUGGAAGAGCAGAAAACAACAUCCUCCAGGUGGAGAAGAGCGGAGCAGACGAGCAUCAUGAGGAGGAACAUCAGCCGAGGAGGAGGACAGCAGGAAAGGCUGCAGCAGGAGCGGAAAAAGCCGCGGCUCCUCCGGGUUGACUCUGAUGAUGAUGGGGCUGGAGGAGGAGGAGGAGGGCCUUGCUCUGAUCAACAUGGCGGACAACAAAGCGCAGGGACUGGGGUGAGACGAGCGGAACACAGCGCCAUGGACCAGCUUCACAACUCCCACGAAGGCUAUAACAACAACAACAACAGCCCGUACAACCACUACCCGAACUACCGACCCGGAUACGGGACCAGUGGUUACGGAGGCAUGAUGAGUCCCUCCCGCCAGGGGAACAGCCUGCUGGGCCCGAGCUCAAACCACAGCAAAGCGGCUAUGACUGCUGCCAGCUCCCCGGCUGGAGGUGGAGGCGGCAGCGGCGGAGGAUUUCAGCGAUACACCGGGCAGCAGCAGCCGCCGCAGCCACCCGGAGCUACACCGACUCUGAACCAGUUAUUAACGUCUCCGAGUCCGAUGAUGCGCGGUUAUGGAGGCGGAUAUUCAGACUUUAAUCACCCCUCCUCCGCUCAGCAGCAGCAGCCGAGCAUGGGGCCGGCUAAAGAUACAGGCUCCCAGUACGGCUCGGCUGCUCACGGCUGGGGGGGACAACAAAUAACCCACCCGGCGUUGAGCCCGGGGAACACCGGGCAGGGCGGCGGCAGGUCCCAGGUGCCGCCCAUGGACCCGAUGUCGAUGAAGCGCUCUCAGCUCUACAGUAUGAGCAACAACCCAUACCCGCAACAGCAACAACAGGGGGCGCCGUAUCCUGGCCAGUCCUAUGGCUCCCCCUCCCCCCACAGAUACCCGAUGGGAAUGCCCAGCAGGGGGCAAAUCGGGAUGGGACCGAUGCAGUACCCUCAGCAACAGAUGAGCUCUCAGUACUCGCAGCAGCAACAGCAGCAGCAGGGUUACUGUCAGCCGGGUCAGCCUCCGUACUUCAGCCCGCCUCAGCAGCAGCAGCCCGCCGCCCCCAGCCAGCCGCCAUACAUGCAGCCCCGCCCACUGCCUCAGCAGGAGGCACCACAGGAGGCGUACGCCGGCCGUGGUCAGUCUGCUGCUAUGACUCCUGGGAAACCAAACCAUGAGGAGAUGAGUCAACAGGAGAGGCCAUCCAGCCUCCCUGAUCUUUCCGGGUCCAUUGACGACUUGCCCACAGGUACUGAGGCUGCGGUGAGUUCAGGGGCGUCGGGAUCUGGGAGUAUUCAGGGCGAUCAGGGAACUCCAGCUCGCUCUCCUUUCUCGCCCCACGUGUCGCCCCGACACCCUCCGCCCGCUCACUCCGGGCCCUCGCCGUCCCCCUCGCUGUCCCCCGCAGGCUCCAGCAGCCAAUCACGAUCAGGACCUUUGUCCCCGGCCACCAGUGGACCAGGAGCUCAGCUGACCCCUCAGGUCCCGGGUCCUGGAUCAGAUGUUGGUCCUCAUUCGUCCCAGAUGACCAUGACUCAGGACAGAGGUUUGUCUUCUUCCAUGCAGCGUAGUGCCGCAGGGCCUCAGUUUGGCCCCCAGCAGUCUGCACCGCCCAUGUCCCCUCACCCGCCACUGGGGGGUGCAGUGCACCACGGCUCCUACCAACAGGGCAGCUCAUACGGCCAGUAUGGCCCCCCAGGUAACUACCCCUGCCCCCCCAACUACAGCGGCCCCAGCCCGGGCCUGGCCAACAGCCUGGGGCUGAACGCCGGCAGUCCGAUGCACGGUCAAGGUCCGUCCACUCCAGCAGGUCGCGGUCCCGGGCCUGGAGCUGGGGGGCGGUCCUACCCCGCCGCGGGGAGUGCCAUGGCCCCCACCUCCCCAGGUAUGCCACAGCCCGCUGGUCAGGGCAUGAGGCCUCCGGGGCCCAACACCGGCCGCAAACCACUCGAUGUCGGCCCGAGCACCGGGCCCGGUGCCAACUCCUCACCCUCGUUCUCAGCCGGAGCUCAGAACAGGCCUCCCUUCACCCGCUCGCCCGGCUACCACAACAAGUCUUGGCCAGGGAGUGGAGUCUCCCUCUCUCCACACCACUCCCCCCUCCCUCACCCCUCCCAUCACUCCCAGCAGGGAACCAGUGCUGUGCAGGCAGAGCAUCAUGGACAGGGCAGCAGCUUCCCGACCAUGACAGCAAUGGCAGGGAUGGGCCCCGGGGCCGCCGGAGUCCCCACAGGUCCCUACAGCCAGCAGCAGCCGGGCAGUAACUCUGGAAGGAUGACACCGCAGGGGCCCGUCCUCAGCCAGCAGGGGGCCCCCUACUACGCCCCGCCCUCAGGCUCCAUGAUGAUGUCAGCAGAUGUGAUGGCUGCUCAUCCAGACACCAAGCAGAGGGCGGAGCUCAGCAAAGAGGGUGUGGCCUCUUCCACAGAACCACCCAAACCUAAGAAGCCCAGUGUGGCCACCAUGACCAGCGAGAAGAUCACACGGCUGUACGAGAUGGGCUCUGAGCCUGAGAGGAGGCCGUGGGUCGACCGCUACCUGUCCUUCAUGGAGGAGCGAGGGACGGCCGUCCCACACCUGCCCGCCGUCGGCAAGAAGCCGCUGGACCUGUGUAGACUCUACCUGUCCGUCAGAGACAUCGGGGGACUGGCCAUGGUGAAUAAGAAUAAGAAAUGGAGGGAGCUGUCGUCACUGCUGAGUGUGGGGACGUCCAGCAGCUCGGCCAGUUCCCUGAAGAAGCAGUACAUCCACUACCUGUUCGCCUACGAGUGUCAGGUGGAGCGUGGGGAGGAGCCUCCACCCGAGGGGCCGGCCCCCAGCGGGGACGCCAAGAAACCAACGUCACUGCAGGCCAAGAUCCAGCCCCCGUCCCCAGCCAACUCCAGCUCCCUGCAGGGGCCCAGCACUCCUCAGUCCAGCAGCAGCUCCCUGACCGAGGCCCCCACGGACCUGAAGCCCCCGACCCCCGCCUCCACACCACACGGCCAGAUAGGCCCCCAGCCCGGAAACAGGACCAUGGUGAGUGUCCAGGACCCGUUCUCUGAAGGCAGCGAUCCGGCUUUCCACAAUAAGAGAGGGGCGGGUCCUGGAGGGGCCCCCUACCAGCAGGGAGGAGGUCCAGCAGAGUCCCCGAUGAGGAUGCAGUACGAUGCCAACAAAGACCCAUACGGAGGAGUGAGGAAAGGUCCUGGACCUGGUGAGGCCUUCGGUCCCAGUCAGAUGCCCGGCGGGUCCAUGCAGGAAAUGUAUCCUCGCGGGAUCGGACCCAGACCCCAGUACUCGUACAGUCCCGGGUUCGAGCGCAGACUGGACCACGUGAUGGGACCAGAGGGAGGCGCGGCGCCCCCUGUGGGUCAGAGUGGGAACGAGGCUGGCAUGUUCCCGUCCAGCAGGUUCCCGCAGCAGAGACACGACACCUACGCGCAGCAGUUCCCUCACAACAUGGCCUACACUUCCCAUCAGCCCCUGUUUCCUCAGCAGCAGGGCUACAAGCGACCGACGGACGGAAUGUUCCCGCCCUCUAAGCGUCAUGAGGGGGAGGGGUUUGGCGCACAGCAGUUUGGCGCUCAGCAGCCCGAAAUGUUCGGCCCGUCGUACGGAGGAGGGGGAGGAGCCGGGGGAGGAGCUUACCUGGGUUCUGAGCGACGGCCGGUCCAGGGUCAGUAUCCGUAUCCGUACGGCCGCGAGCGCCCGCCGCCGCAGCACGUCCUGCUGGGCUCAGGACCCCCAGUGUCCGGGGGCCACGGGGAGGGGCCCCAGGCAAACAUAUGGCCCCCCAGGACAGACCUGAGCUACACCUACAACAGGGGUCUGAACCGAGGGGAGGAGCCAGAGGGCAGGGCCCCCCCGGAGAGCCAGUGGCCCCCCGGUCACCUGGGCCAGCGCCAGCCCCCCUACCCCCCCCCACACUCCUCCUCCUCAUCAUCAUCAUCAUCACCGUCCAUGCCCUCCAGACCACCUCUCUCCUCUUUCCAAGCCACACCCGCUGUCCCUAACCACCUGACCCGCUCUCACAGCCCCUCCACCUUCCCCCGGCCCAUGGGCGGUUCUCUGUCCCCGAACAGUGCCCCAUACCUGCCCUCUGUGAAGAAACCGGCACUUCCUGCUGUCGGCCCCCCGCCCACCCACAGCCUGCCCUCCCUCAUCAGCAGAGACUUUAGCUUCCCGCCUGGCUCUGUGGAGGCCACGCCCCCCAGAGUAAAGCCACGGCGCCGACUCACCGCCAAGGACACAGGAACGCCGGAGGCGUGGCGAGUGAUGAUGUCACUGAAGUCCGGCCUCUUAGCAGAGAGCACGUGGGCCCUGGACACGAUCAACAUCCUGCUGUACGACGACAAUAGUGCAGGCUCAUUCAUCCUCUCACAGCUUCCUGGUUUCCUUGAACUCGUCGUGGAGUUUUUCCGUCGAUGCCUGAUCCAGAUCUUCGGUCUCCUGGAGGAGUACGAGGUGGGAGGAGCCGAGGGCCAGGGGGCGCUGUUGGUGCCUCAGCCCCACCCCCCUCAACAGCAGGAGGCGGGGCUGAAAGAGACAAAUGACCAAUCAGCACAGGAGUGGGUGAGGAGUUCAGAGGAGGCGUCGCCACUUCACACGAUGUCUAUGACCACUGAGGAGGCGGAGUGUGCGGAGCUCCGCCCUCCACAGGCCAGCAAGUAUGACAAACUACCAAUCAAAGUGGAGGAGAAGGAGGAGGCGUGGCAGGAGGUGGAGGAGCGCUGGGCGGAGCUUAGCAGACCCAAUGGCUUCAUCAGUGGCCUCCUGCACUGGAGAGCAGGGGGCGGAGACUCCACUGCCCACAUCCAGACUCACUUUGAGCCGCGCACACUAGACUCCGCCCCCCCAGACCCUGCACAGAGGAGAGAGGAGAGGGAGCAAGGAGACGAGGACAGGGAGGAAGAGGCCGGAGGUCAAAGGUCACUCAGUCAGCUGGAGGAUGAGCCGCGCUGCUGGGACGCGGCGCCGCUGUCCACGGCCGAGUCGUGGCAGGACUCGCUGUCGCGGCGCUGCGUGUGCGUCUCCAACGUGCUGCGUGGCCUCUCCUUCGUCCCUGGCAACGACGGCGCCAUGUCGCGACACCCGGGCCUGGUGCUGAUCCUGGGCCGCCUGGUGCUGCUGCACCACCGCCACCCACACCGCAGACGCACGCCGCCCUCCUACCAGCGGGAGGCGGAGCGCGGCCUGGCGUGCAGCCGCGACGAGUGGUGGUGGGAGUGUCUGGCGGCGCUGCGGGAGAACGCGCUGGUGACGCUCGCCAACAUGUCGGGUCGGCUGGACCUGUCGCUGUACCCGGAGAGCGUGUGUCUGCCGCUGCUGGACGGGCUGCUGCACUGGCUGGUCUGUCCGGCCGCCGAGGCGCAGGACCCGUUUGCAGCGGCGGGGGGCGGUCCCUCAUCGUCACUGACGCCACAGCGGCUGGUGCUGGAGUGUCUGUGCAAGCUGAGCAUCCAGGACGCUAACGUGGACCUGCUGCUCGCCACGCCGCCAUUCAGCCGGCAGCUCGAGGUCUUCGGUACGCUGCUGCGACUCAUCGGUGAGAGGCGGAGUCAGGUGUGUCGGGAGAUGGCUGUGGCCGUCCUCGCUCACCUGGUGCAGGGUGACGCGGCGGCGGCGCGGGCCGUGGCCCGGCUGAAGGGCAGCGUGGGAACUCUGAUCGGUUUCCUGGAGGACAGUGUUGCCGUGGCGCAGUACCACCAGAGUCCACACGGCGCGCUGCACGCCGCCUCCGUGCCGCCGCCGGAGCCACCCAGCGUCAACAUGAUGUGCCGCGCUGCCAAGGCCCUGCUCGCCAUGGCGACGGUGGAGGAGAACCGGGCGGAGUUUGUGGUGCACGAGAGUCGACUGCUGGACGUGUCGCUGUCGGCGGCGCUGAGCUCGUCUGUGGCGUCCGUCAUGUUUGAGGUGCUGUUCAAACUCAGCCGCUCGUGACAUGCCCACACCGCAGCAGCAGGCUCCGCCCACCAGAUAAACUCUGCUAUUCUAUUUUUAUUUAAAGAACGGAACAAAGUUUGUACGUACAAAUGAAUCUAUAUAGAAUCUAUACGGCUCCGCCCACAAAUGUUUAUUUGGGAUUUUGAAAUAAUUUUAAUACGGAAAAUAUUUAAUACUUGUAUUUUAGAUUUUUUUAUUUUUGUUGUUUUG